AUGUUGUUCCAAGUUGAGGGCAGGAACAAACAGGUCGAUGACGAAGGGAAGGAAGGCUAUACACAAGGCACUAACAAAGGCAAUCACCAGACACUGUCGAGAUCAGGUCUUUUCUCCUUUAACAACAACCAGCAUAACAGGACAAAUUCCGUGGCCACGUCAACUACGGCUCUCCAUUAUAGUGAACCGUGCAUUCAGAGCUUUGUUUACACACGCAGCUUACCUUUCCAUUGGCCACCAACGACAGCAUGGCAAGUUGACUGGCAGGCCGCCGAUUUGCCCCCAAAUCUGUGCAGAACAUCAAUCACUCGACCACGACAUCUAACCGCUUCCCAGGCGAACAAGAAGCUUGAAGCCGAUCUCGUGACCGACCCGCCGUGCCAUCCGCGAGCAUGCGCGAUCCAAGACUGCCUCACAAAGAACGGCUUCAACCAGGACAAGUGCGAGCACCUCGUCGACGCACUCUACGAAUGCUGCCAGACAUUUUACAAGCGCAACGGCGACAGAGCCUCGACAGUGAGCUGUCCCAAACCCGACUUGCUGCGUCUCAAGCUCCAGCAGCGCAAAAAGCAAUGA